UAACCUAUGUUUCCAUUCAUUUUCAGGAUUACCAUACCUAAGAGAAUAUCCAUCAUAGGGCUCCCAGCAAAUCUGAUGCCACACCCCAACUACGAAAGUUUAAGAGAUCGCUUAGAUUUUUGGAGUGCGCACCGAUAUUGUUCAAAUACUGUCUGUUCAACUUAUUUAAUGUGAUAUGAGGAAUUAGUUAUGCCAAAUCCAAACAUAAUGUUUGUUAGCUAUUAGAGAUAUGCAGUCUCAAUGGUUUGUUUCGACGAUAAAACGAUAAUCUUGUCUUCGUUAAAGGAUUAUCCUGUUCCAUUAACAUCUGACGAUGCCAAACGUGGAAUAAUAAGUCUUGUCGAACGAGGCAUUAUUCCUCAAGGAGCUCACAUUACACUCGAACCACCGCCGAUUCAGCCGAAAAAGUCAAGUUUAUAUGAUCCAAUAACACGUUCAAGAACAGCAAUUAAAGAUGAGCCAAGCUCAUCGAUUUAUCGUUUGGAUAAAGACGAUUAUCAACAAACAAGUGAUCCAAAUAUGAGUCUUGUACCAUUGGAUCAACGGGUCAAAUCAGCAUCACCUCAGGAUAAAAAAGAUCGUCUAUCAUUGACGCUUAGUGAGAGUGAUCGAGAUUGUAGUAUUAUUAUGAAAGAAUCAAGAAAAUCUUCUGCUAACAGAACAGCGACAAAUAAAACCAUGCCAACGAUAGAUGGUCGUCAGCCAUUACCAACACCAGCAUCAACGUUUGAAUAUAAAAAAAACUUUCGAUUAGUCAUUCAAAACGGACUGACAAAAGAUCAAACAGAAGAUUUUAUACAAUACAGACAAUAUUAUUGUCUAAUGUGGGGCAGUAUCAUCACCGUAUUUCGUAUGUUAGAAAAACUGAUGCAUGAUUAUUCAAUACCGAUUGCUUUUAUUAAUGGUGAAAAAGUUACGGAUAUAGCUCAAACAAUUGAACAUGAACAUAAACCAACGUUAGAAGAGUUGUUGAAUGUUAUUAUUAAUAGAGAUGAUGUUGAAGAAAUGAUUAAAAGACCGGGUCGCCGUUUUAUCGGUCCUGGUGGUCAAUCUCGCGCUGCUAUUGUUAUUCAAUCGUAUUGGCGUUGCUUUCGGGAUCGUCGUGCAUAUGUUCGACUACGUAAACGAAAAUGGGCGGUUGGUGUUAUUGCUCUUACCUGGUUAACUUAUUGUAAAUUAUCAAAAGUACGUCGACAAUUGAAAGUUAUUCGACGUCGGCAAUUGGAUUUUUUUGCGAAAAAACAACUAGAUUUACGUCGUCGAUGGCCACAAAUUCAAUCACAACGCCGUGUUAUUGUCCAUUUACCAUCCUUGGGUUUGACACAUCGUGUUCGUCGUAAACUAAAUAAUUUACCAGUGCGAGAAAAUUUUCAAAUUGGGCGUUUGUGUGAUAUAUACGAUCCAAAUGUUGAUGUUAUCUAUGUUUCACCAAUGCCUAUUAACAAUGAAGUAUUGCAAUAUUACAAUAAAUUAGUUAAUUUAAGACCAUCGGUAGAAAAGGGAGAGUUAGUUCAACAAGAUAAUGCACAUAGAUUUAUGAUUGUUGUACCGGAAGCACUGCAUAGUUUUCCUAAUUUGAUAAGAGGUCGAGAAGCUUACAUGGUGACAGGCGUAUCCCAUUUCGAUGAUUUAUAUCUAGCUGAAUAUCUUGAUAUAGCCGUUAUUGGCUGUGAACCUGAAGUAUCAUAUUUGUAUUCCUCGAAAUCGGGAUCCAAACGUGUAUUUGAAGCAGCAACUGUACCAUUACCUUAUGGAGAAUUUGAUGUUUAUAAUCAACAACAGUUAUAUGAAUCAUUAGCUCAAUUAAUAAUUGAACAUUUGGAUGUACAGCGAUGGUUAUUCAAGAUCGAUGACGAUUAUGACGGAUUAGGAAUUGCCUAUUGUGAUGUUGUCAAAUAUCUACCCUGUUACAAAACCGUACUAAAAGAAGCAGCGAGAUUUGGCGAUAAAUGGGCACAUAAAUGGGCACAGGAACAUUCAUAUGCAAAAGUUUUGUCUGAAUUACCUGAUGUACUAGAGCAACAUACAAUAUAUGUGAAUAAAACUCAAUUUUCAAAUUGGAAUAUAUUUUUAAAAGUAUUUCUCACUCAAGGUGGCAUAAUCGAAGCAUAUCCACCGUCGGAUAGUGUCACAUCGUUAACUGUUUGUAUAUUUAUUGAACCUGAUGGUCAAAUUCGCGUGUUAUGCAGUGGUGAUCAUUUGCAUGCCGAAUCUGAAUUUAGUUGUUGGGGUCUAUCGUUUCCUCAGUCAAGCGUCGAUCCAACAGAAUUAAAUUCAUACUGUCAAAAAAUAGCCGAACAAUGUAAACAAAGAAAUAUAUUUGGCUAUCUUGACAUUGAUUUUGUAACAUUCAUUGAUGCCAAAUCAGAUAAACAACAAUUAUGGGCAGUUGAUUUAUCGAUUGGUUACAGUGAACAUGUAUCAAUGUAUAAUGUAAUGCGUUAUGUAACCACAGGAAAAUUCGAUAGUUCACAACAUUUAUUUGAUGUCAGUAUUAAACAAACAAAACGACUAAGAAACUGGCAAAAUGGAGCACCCGAACAAACGACUAUCGCAAAAAGUCGUUAUGCCGUAUGGAGUUCUAGGUUACAUCAUACCAAUUUAUCCGUAUUACAUUAUAGUGUAUUUUUUCAAAUGUGUAGAGCUCAUGGAGUGGGAUUUGACAUAAAAGAAAAACAAGGCAGUGUAUUUACAUUGUUGGAAUGUGAUCGACAUGAAAAUCUUGGCAUGAUUUCAAUUGGUGAAACUUUACAAGGAACAUUAUCAAAUUUUGCCUAUAAUCUCAAUUCUAUUAAUCAAGAAAUAACUACAAAUAAUAUGCAAGGACGAACAAACUUUUUACUUGCAAUCAAUGAUAUUGAAAAUAUAUUAGGUAUAACACAAGAGAACGCCUCCUCACCAACAUCCUCAGAUGCUGAAAAAAAUAAAUCUAAUGGAGACUGA